AUGGACUCCUGAGACCAUGUCACGUUGCAGAAUGCACAACCCGGCUGCACUUUGCUUAUUCAGCACGUCAAAAAAAAAAAAACACAGUAAAAGAUACUUAAUCGGGCACACGUUGAGGCAACACAUAGAGCAGGACUUCCUUGUAUGUUUUUCAAAAGUCACUACUUUGCCACAUUAACACAGAAACUAUGGAAGCGCCCAAAAACGCGCAUCAUCACGAGCAGCGUCCUCGCCCUGACAACCGGCCCGCAUCACUGAGUAAUCCACUGGUGUUUAUUUUUAGAAGCUCUCGGCCGCUGCGUGCUGCUCGCGUUCAACACACCCAAUGUUCCUCCUUCCUUCGGUCAAUAAUUCAUAUGCCGUAGGCCUGUAGCGGAGAGUCAGAGAGCCGGCUGCCACAGUUUCCAGCCACGGGACGCCGAGGAGCGCAUCGGCGGACCAGCGGUGCAGUCCAAAACUUUGAGGGAGCAAAACACUCAGCAGCAAGGUGCAUCCGUGAGAAAGCACAUGGCCUCUCAGAGAGCCAUGACUCAGGCCCUAAUGAGGACAGAGUACAUGGACAAGUUUAUCCCUCCACACUGCAACAAGACAUUAGUCACAAGUACAUCAUACAAACACCCCUACCAUCCACUGAGGGCGACGUGUACAGAUGUGUCUACCUUGAGGACUUUCUAUUUGGCUAAAAAACGGGUGAAAAAUGCACCAAAACCGCCACAGCCAUCGAUGCUACCCAAAGCCCAGCAGAGAACCAAGGCUGCCCCACACAAUCCUUCCCGUUGGGGGAGAAGUGAAACCCGGGUAGAGGACUACAAAUCUGUGUACCAAAAUGAUUUCAGAGUGUGGGAAAUGAACAAACGUCAGCCCUUCAGACUCAGUGACAGCCUGAAAGUCAACCAAGGACUAUCUGUCACACGCAGAGCUUCCAAAGGAGGCCUCUUUGAGAAAAGUACAGUUUGUGUUCCAGUUGACUCCAAGCCAGACCCAAAGAUCAAAGAGACACAGCCGAUUGAGAGCAGUACCAGCUAUAGGUCUGAUUACGUAGUCCACCCAGUGCAGCCGAAGACACGCAGAGAGAAACCUGUGAAACAAAGCAACAAAGGCCUACUAUCAGAGCCAAAGGCGGUCUGGGAUGUAAACCAGGAACUUUUUGACAACAGCGGUGAAUUGAACGAGCAGUUCAAGUCCUGGUCCAUUGAAACGAAGUUCCAAGGCAAAGCCAAAGAAUCUACUCUAGCACAAGACCACGAGAAGUUCCUGUCCACGACACACGCCGACUUCCCAGGACAUCAGUGGUUCCAACGCACCAAACCAAUCCUGCCUUCUGUGCAAAACUAUGAGAACAGCAAGGAUCCCUUUCAUGCAACAACAACCAUGAAGGAGGAUUUCAAAGCUUGGAGCGUACCGAGACGCUUCCCAAUCGUCCACAAACAGAAGUUGAAUGAACACCUUCUCAGCUAGCACACGUGAGCCUGCUGAAAGCUGCAAAAUAGACAGAGACGACAAACUCCUGCUGAGGAUGGACUAAUUUCUGGCUUUCAAUGAAUCUCCAACGGAAAUAAAAACUUAAGGUUCCCUUAAGCACAUGCUGA